GUUGAUUAGUCUGAAGCCUUCCAGUCACUUUGUAUGCAAAUGUGACUCAACCUCCAGUUUGGAAGAGAAGCUCUGUUAAACCACACUUUUUCCAGCUCUGACAUAAGUUAUACUCAAGUCUUAAAAAAUACUACAGAAAAUAUACAUUGGAAAUGGAGACAUAAAAUAAGCUGAUUUUGUUAUAAAUCGCUAUCCUGCUGGAGAAUGUCCAACCUCACUGACCCCCCCGUUCAGUCAGAAGAGUUUUGGUUAGCAAAUCCAUCUGUGACAUUCUCCUUCUCUUUGUCUUUAGCGCCAUUAAGGUUUUAACCCCUAACUCUUCUUCACCACUCAGUCCCCACUCUGCCCUCCACCACCACCCCGUCACAUACCGCCGUGUCCCAGAGCCUGGUGAUGUCCUCGGGGGGCAUGGGGGGCGAUGGCAGCGUCACUCUGACCCUCGCAGAUGCUCAGGGGAUGCUGGAUGGCGUCACUUUGAACCUCAAUGCUCAGGGUCAGACCUUUCCUGCAGUCCUAAAUGAAUCUGGACUGUCAGGGCAGCCAGUCGCCCCGGGUCAACAGGUCAUACUGGUCAGUCAGCAUUCCCAGUCUGCAAGUGGAGCUUCUGGAAAUGGAUACAGAAGCUCAGGUCACGGCCUUAAAGGUGGGAAAGACCCUCAGAUGAACACUGAUAGCCGGAACCACUGCUUCUACUGUAAUGAGGUCUUCCAGAAUGCCAACGCUCUGCGACGCCACUGCAGACUAACCCACGGGAAGGACCGCUGUCAUGUCUGCAGCGUCUGUAGGAAGGCUUUCAAGCGAGCGACACACCUCAAG